AUGGUCGUCAAUCUCUCUCUCUACCUAGUAACAGACUCGACUCCCGCCAUACUGGGGAGCCGAGAUCUUUGCCACGUUGUCGAAGAAGCUCUGAAAGGAGGUGUCACGAUCGUUCAAUACAGAGACAAGACGAGUGAUACUGGGGUUCUGAUUGAAAUAGCCAAAAAGCUCCACAAUAUUACAAGGAAAUACAAUGUCCCUCUGAUUAUCAACGACCGCGUUGAUGUGGCUCUCGCAUCUGGAGCAGAGGGUGUGCAUCUGGGCCAAGAUGACAUGGACAUUCGCGCCGCCAAGGAGAUCCUGGGCAAUGAUAAAAUCAUUGGUAUCAGUGCCUCAUGCGUUGAAGAUGCCGUAAAGGCUGUGCAAGAAGGAGCUGACUACCUGGGCAUUGGUACAGUGUUUGCAACCCCAACAAAAACAAACACCAAAUCAAUUAUUGGGACAGCCGGUGUUAAAACCAUUCUUGACACCUUGAGCCGCCUCGAUCGCCAGGUCGCCACAGUUGCUAUCGGUGGUAUAAACACGACUAAUGUACACCGCGUGAUCUAUCAAUCCGCCGCUCCAGCAAAAAGCCUAGACGGAGUAGCUAUCGUCAGUGCAAUCGUAGCUGCCGAAAACCCCAAGGCUGUGGCAGAAAAGCUCAAUGGACUAAUUGCCACUCCUCCUUCCUUUGCGAUGAAACCUUUGGCUCCAAGGAAUAAUGAGGUGGAGGCUCUUCUUGCAGACGUCCCAAAAGUUGUGCAACAGGUGGUGACCGUGCAUCCUCUUGUCCACAACAUGAUAAAUUACGUUGUGGCAAACUUUGCUGCUAAUGUUGCACUGGCUGCUGGUAUCUCUCCAAUCAUGUCUCAGUAUGGAGACGAAGCCAAAGAUCUUUCUGUACACAAUGGCGCCUUAGUUAUAAACAUGGGCACUCUAACUAGCUCAAGCAUCUCCGAGUACCUCAAGGCAAUCUCUGCAUACAACAGUAACGGUAACCCUGUCGUGUUCGAUCCUGUUGGCGCCGGUGCCACGCACAUUCGUCGGGAUGCUGUCAAGACUUUGUUGGCCGGUGGAUAUUUCAGCCUUAUCAAAGGCAACGAGCGUGAAAUCAAGGAAGUCUUUCAACGUUCUGGUGGCGAGAGUCAGCGUGGCGUUGACAGCGGGCCUAGCACUAUAAGUGACAAUGCAAAGGCAACUCUAGUUAGAGAUCUAGCGCGUAGAGAGAGGAAUCUCGUCCUUCUAACUGGGCCAGUCGACUAUCUGAGUGACGGCAAUCGAGUCAUUACCAUUGCCAACGGCCAUGAACUCCUUGGCCGAGCAACUGGAACUGGCUGUGCUGUGGGCACUAUUACGGGCGCAUACUUGGUUGCCUCUUCCUCCGAUGACAAACUCCUUGCUGUUCUCGCUGGUCUCUUGAUGUAUGAAAUCGCAGCCGAGAAUGCAGCGGCUGACAAAGACCGUGUUCGUGGACCUGGGACAUUCCUUCCGGUUUUCCUUGAUGAGAUCUAUGCCAUCUGGGAGAAAUCCUCAAAGGGCGAUCACUCUUGGUUCACCGGCCGUGCCAAGAUUCAAAGCAUUAAUGUUUAA